CAGAAUCUCCCCGGCGCCCCCUCGCGUCCGACUUCCGCGAGCUCUAGUUCCCGGCGGCCCUCGCGGCAAGUUCCGGAUGUCGGGACUGUUCGUGAUGGCUGGGGUUGGUUCUGCCGCCGUGUCCGGGGCUGGGACGCCGGUGGCGGGGCCCACAGGCCGCGACCUCUUCGCGGAGGGCCUCCUAGAGUUCCUGCGGCCGGCGGUGCAGCAGCUCGACUCCCACGUCCACGCCGUCAGAGAGAGCCAAGUAGAGCUCCGAGAACAGAUUGACAACCUUGCUACAGAACUGUGCCGAAUCAAUGAGGAUCAGAAGGUGGCCCUAGAUCUGGACCCCUAUGUUAAGAAGCUGCUUAAUGCCAGGCGUCGAGUCGUCUUGGUCAACAACAUUCUACAGAAUGCCCAGGAACGACUGCGGCGGCUAAACCAUAGUGUUGCCAAGGAAACAGCCCGAAGGAGGGCAAUGCUGGAUGCAGGAGUUUAUCCCCCUGGCUCCCCAAGCAAGUAACGGAAGAUGGGUAUGUGACCUAAGUGGCACAAGUAGCAUCCCCAGCUGCCUUGUCUCCAGUCUUGAGAUUCCAGAAGAAUCUCUAGACCUUCAGCCACCAAAAAGGCACCCCUGUGGUUUGCCUGAAGCACUCGUUCAUGUAGGGACCUUAAGAAACCUACAUAAAGCAACACUUGGGCUCCCAAAGGACUCACACUGUAACUCUUUGCUUCCAAGAAUAAGCUGAGGCCUCUACAUUUUUCCAAAGCCUCGCCUUUUUCAGGCCUAGUUACCCUGUGGAGCACCCUUUUGUUACGUUUGGUUACUUAGACCUAGGCACAUGCCCUCUGUGGCUUAUUCUUUUGUUUACACCAAGAAUUCAGAGGACAGCCUCUGUUCACCCUUGUUGAUUGCACUGGCUUGAAUACAGUAGCAGUAAAGCUAGAACCAUUCAAUAAAUGCUGAAACAGUAUUCUAGUUUACUUUGGUUAUGUGGAAAGGUUCCAGGAAUCUAUUUUAUUCCAAAUAAUUUCAUGUUGUGAUAUGCUGAUAAGGAAAGACUCAAGUACCAUUUUCAAUUAGAGUAUAAAAAGCAAAAAAGUUACCACAUACCAAGUAAGAAC